AUUCAGGGGGCGUGUGGCUCUGCUUUGUCCUAACCCAUCGUCGAUUCAUCCAAUCAUAGUUCAAAGCCACAGGAGAGCCAGUAAUUCCGACGAUCAAAAAUGUCGUCAGCUAUGGCUGCUGCAUCCUGCUCUUCCAUCUCCACCAGACUCGUUACCAAAAGCAAUUCAAAUUACUCAGCUCCUCAGAUUCACGUUCAGAGAACCAGCUUCCAUGGGGUAACCCUAGAAGAAGCCAAACGGAAUGUCUUCUUCUUCAGCUCAUUGGUUGCUGAGGCAGAUAACAGUAUCAGCACAAGCGCGCGAAAAAGAGGACUCGAAAUCAAUGCCAGAACUGCUGCUGGCGCUGGAAAGAGCAUCGAGGUUGAAGUCGACAAGCCGUUAGGGUUAACUUUGGGGCAAAAACAAGGGGGUGGAGUUGUCAUCACUGCUGUGCAGAGUGGUGGAAAUGCUGCACGAGCAGGUCUCAAGGCAGGGGAUCAAGUGCUGUACACGAGCAGCUUCUUUGGGGAUGAACUUUGGCCUGCUGAUAAGCUUGGCUUCACCAAAACAGCCAUCCAGGCCAAGCCAGAUUCUGUUUAUUUUGUCAUCAGCAGGGGAGCAGAAGUAGAUGUGAAGAGACUACCUAAGCGUCCAGCUCCCCCUUCCUUUGGAAGAAAGUUAACUGAUGCUCAAAAGGCCCGGGCGACGCACAUAUGCCUCGAUUGCGGAUACAUUUACACACUGUCAAAGCCAUUUGAAGAGCAGGGGGAGGACUACGCUUGCCCGCAGUGCAGAGCUCCGAAGAAGAGGUUCGCGAGGUACGAUGCUGAGAAGGGCAAGGCUGUCGGCGGAGGCCUGCCCAUCGGAGUCAUCGUCGGCCUCGUUGUCGGGGCCGCCGGAGCUGCUGCUUUGGUACUAUAUGGCCUUCAGUAGCUACUGGAACUCACUUGCAUACCUUUUGUAUGAUCAUUCUAUCAACUUACGAUAUUCGUUGUGUCAAUUCAUCAAGCCUGCAGAGGCUACAACUAAUAUAAAUGUCAUUUUUUGUUCUUCUAA